GGAGGCGCAUUCAGCGCAGCCAGCUGCGGGAUUCGGACCGGUCGGAGCUGCGGGUCUCUCUACUGACUCCCUCUCCCCGCUUUGGGCGCUCCCAGCCUGGGUCGUGACGCCGGACCGAGCCGCCAACAUGUCUGCCACCAGUGUUCCCAUCCCAGUCCCCCCACCCCCAGCUCCAUCAUGCCUAUCCUCAAGAACCUCCCUGUGCACCUGAAAGGCGGUGGUCCAGUUCUAGACAACGCCUUGUUUUUCCGCAGGAUGAGUCUCAACAUCACUCCCCACCACAACCCCUUCGAACACGAUGAUGACAAUAUCCAUGGCAAUGGCGGCCAUGAAAGCCACUGGUCGCCUGGAAGCUCGCUGUUGGACGGCGACGUGCCGAGGGACCGCAACCCUUUUGAGGAUGAGGAGGACGAGAACGAGGCCAACGAAGGCAAGAAGGGAAAUGGCAGUGGAGGGUCAGUGAAGGGUUCGUUCAAGUUUAAGUCGCCGCUGAAGAGUCUCGGAAAGCUCGGGAAGAACCUGAGGAUGUCGGGAAAGAGCAAAGAUGGCGACACACCGUCCCCACAAGGGUCGCUGCAGGGAACGCCGUCGCCUUCACAGAAGAAGAAGAGAGGCAGGAGGAGCUCAGAGGGCAGUCUGCUCAGAUUUGCAGGAAAAUACCGUGACACCCUGACCUCCCGCAAGGAAUCCUUCACCAACGGCGAGCUGAACUGCUCGGAGAGCGACUGCGACUCCGUCAGCCGGCGCCUGACCUUCAUGAAGAUGGUGGGCCUGGGGAAGCUGAAGAGGGAGUCCAUCACUGACCGAAUGUCCCAGGGCCCCGAGGACCAGCCGGUGCAGGAGGAAGUGGUGGAGGAGGUCAAACCCAGAGAGCCUCUGUCAGUCUUGGAGAUCCUGCAGCUGGUGAAGAAGCGUGACCUCUUCCUGGCCGACACCCACAUCCUGGAGCUGGAGCAGGAGUGCAACGCCGCCGAGCCCGAGGAUGUCGCAGGCCCCACCGUCAAAGAUGGCGGCCGCAGGAAGGCGAAAGACGUGGAGCUGCUGUACGAGGAGCUGCAGAAGGAGCUGUGGGCCGUGGUCAGGGAGUCGCUCCGGGCCCCGACGGCGGGGCCCAACCUGGGGCUGGUGGUGCAGGUGCUACAGCAGGAAGAGGAAGCAGAUAAAGCCUGGGCCCUCAGCGAGGCGGCGGCCCCUGGGGGCCCCAGGCCUCGCCACCUCAAGCAGAGGUGGAGGGAGGCAGUGGAGGAGGCGGCUGACUCCUCGCUGCCCCAGAGGGCAGAGUUCACGGCUGGAGAGCUGGACAAGUACCUGGACCGGCUCCGAGCCAGGGUAGUGGAGGACCUGGGAGCGGCCAAGAGGAAUGUCGUCUCCAUCUACCCCGAAGACUUCCAGGGCUUCCAGGUGUAUGUGGAGAGCUACCACCAGGCGGUCGCCAGGCGCCUGAAGGUCAUCACCGACAACCAGCUGGAGAUCACAGACAUCUACUCUCUGCUGGACUGGCUGUACAACAUCUACAGCAGAGAUGUUCUUGGGACGGUGUGCAUCACCAGUCCGUUUAACCGCUCCCAGCUGAGUCCUCUGCUGCCUGCAGAGACGGUGGACCGACUGGAGCUGGACUGUCUCAACUCUGUCCGGGCAAAGGUGACCACUGAGCUGAGUCAGGUUCUGGAGGACGAGGAGAAACGGUGGAUGGAGACGCUGCACGUCGAAGAGUACCACAUCACGCUGGCUAAAACCGUCAUCCAGAGGCUGCAGGUAGAUCUGGAGCGGUCGGCGUCCAUCAACAGGAGUCUGGGCUCCCGGGUGGCUCAGUGCAGCCUGAAUGGACUGGCAGACUUCUUGUACAGCUUCCAGCGUAAAGUGGAGAUGUUCCAUGAAGGGAUGCAGAGCGGCAUGUUUGGGGACAACGACGACGGAUACGUGUCCAAAACCAUCGCCAUGGUCAACUGCUGCCCUCCUUUCCGAGGUUUCGUGCAGCGCUGUGCACAGUGUGACCCGUCAGUCAGUGAGGACUCUCUGCGGCGAGCAAACAAGUCUCUGGACCACAUCGUCCAGCAGGGCGUCAGGGUUCUGUCUGAGCGACUCUACCUGCACAUCAGGCUGUUCUUUGAGCGCCUGGUGAAGAGGAAGUGGCUGACCAACACGGAGCCGUACGAUCAGAUUGAAGCUGCCAUCAAGGAGGAUUUUAAGAAAUAUCGCAGGAUGGACAAUCCUCCCUAUGAGCUGCUGGUGGCUGAAGUCCACCGGCGGGUGGUGAUGGAGUACCUCCGCUCCAUCAUGAGGGGCCGGAUCAUCUGCACCUCCAUGAAGAUGAGGAAGAGGAUGGCCGGCCGGCUCCGAGACGAAGGGAGGCAGAUAAAAGCGCUCUUCAAAGACCUGGAGUCUCCGUCCAGCUGGUUGGACGGCGCGCUGUCCCACAUCUCAGAGCUCAUCCAGCUGGAGGACAUCCCGUCCAUCCAGAUGGAGGUGGGAGUCCUGGUCAGGGAGUUUCCAGACGUCAGGAAGAAGCACGUGUCGGCCAUCUUGAACAUCCGCGGGAUGACCCGGCAGGCGGAGCGCCAGGAGAUCCUGAACAUUGUCAAAGACAUCGAGAGCGACGGCGGACCGGGCCCACUGUCCCGGGACCGGGCCCUGUUCGCCGAGGUUCCGGUCACCUCCGAGGUCCACUGCCUGAACGUGGGCCUGAGCCGGAUUGCCCUGACCGCCUCGUCCUGCGUCAGCGCGCUCAGACCGCGCCGCCGCAAAACCAGAACCUCCACGCAGGAGAACCCAGACGACGCUCUGUAACCGGGCUCAGAACCAGCAGAACCCUCACUUUUAUUAUCAACUCCGAUCUGCUGGUCCAGAUGGUCGGAACCGGAGCUGGAGUUAAUGCUGCUUCUGGACCCUGGUCCUGUUCUGGUUCUGACUGAAAUGGAUGUUUUGUUUCCCAAAGCCUCUGAGGUUCUGACCCAGACCGGACCGGACCGGACCUCCUUCUUGAUCAGAACUAACCCGACCCAGUUAAAGAUGAAAACCAGAGGCUGGUUUGAACUGGAAACCAGAAUCAGUGCCAGCAGGACCAGUUGGACCCACUGGUCCUCCUGCAGAACCUCUGAAAAAGAAGCACUUUAUCUGUAACCAGAACCAGGAGAACGGAUCUCUGUGGGACCUGUUCUGGUUCUGACUGAAAUGGACGCUUUGUUUCCCAAAGCCUCUGAGGUUCUGACCCAGAUCCCAGGUCCGGCUCAGAUAGACUCAGAACCUGGAAUCUGGGACUCGAACGGGCGGAUUCAGGAUUUAUAAAGAUAAAAACUGAACGUGCUGAGUCAGCAGACUGCGGAUUGGGUCGGUGUUGGAGAACCCGGUGCCGGACCAGUCAGAUACAAUCACCAGAACGGCAUGAUCUGGUCGGACCUCUGGAUCCCGGAUCGAUUCAAACAGGAAGUGACGGAGUUUUAGCGCCAGACUAAAAAAAAAAUUAGUUACGAAAAUAAAGUUUCUUCACAUUAUUACAACUUUAAUGUUGUUCGGCUUCAUCCUCAUAAUUUAUGUUUUUUCUUAGCCUGGUCGCAGUUAUCCUUCAUUUUUGAAACCAUUGCGUAGAUUUUUUUUCCUCAAUUUUAUCGUCUGUAGUUCCGACCCCUGACCUCUGACCUCUGACCCCAACACACAAACAUUGUCACCAAAAUCCCUUUUAGUGAAAUAUUAAUGAAAAAAUGUGCAAUGCGUCUAAAAAGCAGUAGUGGGCACAUUUCCGCUAAUGUACUAAAAGCAGAGCUAAUUUUAUCUUUUGGCACUUUUGCUAGCUUUGACACAUUUAGCUUCCCCCUUAAUCACAUUUUCCAGAUAAAUUCUAAAGAGCUAAAUCUUUGAUUUAGAAACAUUCAAUUGAAUAAUUUCAACAUCUGUGUGGAAGUUUUGGUUAUCAAAUUCUUCAGUAGUUAGGUGAAGAAGUUUAUGCUCUUAUUUUGAAGUCCGUUUACACAGCAGCUCUAUUUCCUCUCCUAAAAAUCUCCCUUAAAACUUUAAAAACAAGAAACAUACAGGAACAAAAUGAAACAUGGAUAUAAAAACAACUUUAAGGGAGUUUUAGAAUAUGUAUGUAAAUUAUAUUGUUGGUGUUUGUAGCCUUUCAAGGGAAGAUAUUUGAAUUGAAAUUAGCACUUUGGUAUUAGCUCAUGCUAAGCAACAUGUUAGCACAGCGCAUUAGCUUCUUUUAAGUACUGUGUUGGUGAAACGAUUCAGCAGAACUGGUGAUUAUUAUUAACAUUUCAGGCUUAGAGCUUAGUUUCAUGACCUUUUGUGUUUUUUCACCUCUGUAAAACAAAUUAGUUUAAUAAGUGAUUUACAAUUUCACAUCUUAAUCAAGAGGGCUUAAAUAUUAUUUACAAUUAUUGCUAAUAAAAUGUGAUUAAUAUCCUUUGCUGGCUGCCCGGAGUUUUGGUUGACGAUCCCAAGAAACGUCCAGAUAUCCAGAAACUGGAGCGUCAGAGUUUUCCUGAGGCUCACAAGGAAAGAGAAUGAAAAGUUGAAUCUAAUCAAAGGUACUUGAUGUUGAGUUUCUGUAUUUAAAGCAUUAAUUCUAGUGUUGAAGCUUCUGGGUGUGAUGAUGAGGUUUGUUAUGUGUUUUAUUCUUUCAGCUGUUUGAUUCAUGACGUCUGUUCGAUUUAGAUGCAGAGAGAUGAAAAUAACAUUUUAAAUUUAAACGAUUUAGGAGAUUUUCAUGUUUUUAUUGUCGAGCUGAAACAUUCAGAAAGACUGAGCAGCUUCUAGUUUCAUCAACAUUUCUGAGCUGAGACUGAAUUCAGAUUAACGGCACAUUUCUCUGCUGCUAUUACUUUGUGUUGAAUGUUUGGAAUAAAUCGUUUGUCCAGAAAUAAGAUUAACAAGACAAUAAAAUCAGAUUAAAUCAU